AUGUCUGCAGAAACUUCUACAAAUGGCACUGCGACGCCCGUCUCAUCGAAGUUUAGCAACCUAGCUUUGACCGAGUACUCGACAGUGCCCACGCCUGACUCAGAACAAGAAGAACGAAAGCAACUGGGAUUACUACCCAAUUGGGGUAUCCCAGAUGCCUUUCUACUUCCCAAUGGCUACCCAGAUUAUCUCCGAUUGAUCUUAACAUCCCGCGUUUACGACAUCAUCACCGAGACUCCCCUUCAUCAUGCAGUCAACCUUAGCAACCGUUUGGAAUGUCGUGUACUUCUAAAACGGGAGGACUUGCUUCCUGUGUUCAGUUUCAAGCUCCGCGGAGCCUACAACAAGAUGGCACAUCUGAAUCAUGAGCAGAGCUGGAAAGGUGUUGUCGCAUGCUCUGCAGGCAACCAUGCGCAGGGUGUUGCGUAUUCCGCACGUCACUUGAAGAUUCCAGCAACCAUCGUCAUGCCCUCCGGCACCCCGGCUAUCAAACACCGGAACGUCGCUCGCCUCGGUGGAAGUGUGAUUCUCCAUGGAGACGACUUCGACGCUGCGAAGGCAGAAGCGCACCGCUUAGAGAAGCAGCACGGAUUAACAAGCAUUCCUCCCUUUGAUGACCCUUACGUGAUCGCAGGCCAAGGAACCAUCGGAAUGGAAAUAUUGCGCCAGGCAAACUUAGAGAAGCUGGAAGCUGUCUUCUGUGCUGUUGGAGGAGGAGGAUUGAUUGCUGGUAUUGGAGUCUACCUUAAGCGCAUUGCACCUCACGUGAAGAUAAUUGGAGUGGAAGCACAUGAUGCGAAUGCUAUGGCUCAGUCCUUGGAUUCUGGGUCUCGUGUGCUGCUCAAAGAUGUGGGGCUGUUUGCCGACGGUGCUGCUGUCAAGGCUGUUGGAGAGGAACCCUACCGACUGGCUCGUGAAGUAAUUGAUGAAGUCAUUCAGGUUUCUACUGAUGAGACGUGCGCCGCGAUCAAGGAUGCAUUUGAGGACACCCGGUCUAUCGUCGAGCCGGCAGGCGCUUUGGCCCUGGCAGGUCUCAAGAAAUAUGUUUCCUUGUACCCCGACCCUAACCCCAACCGGGAGCUGGUUGCCAUCACUUCCGGUGCGAACAUGGAUUUUGACAGACUACGAUUCGUGGCUGAGCGUGCUGCCCUGGGUGAACGGAAGGAGGCGCUUUUACAUGUGAACAUCCCGGAACGGCCUGGCUCUUUCGCCAAGCUAGUCGAGGUUAUUCUCCCUCAUGCGGUCACCGCAUUCAGCUACCGUUAUGCUCGAGACGAAUCGGCCGAUGUCUUCAUGGGUAUCUCCUUGUCUGCCUCCACUGGCCAAAAGGAUCUGGCGCAGAUCGUGGAAGAACUGGACAAUGGUGGUAUGAAGGCGAAGGACUUGAGCGACGACGAACUUGCCAAGAGACACGUCCGCUUCUUGGUGGGUGGACGCUGUGAUGUGAAGGAUGAGCGUUUGUUUAUGUUUGAGUUCCCGGAGCGUCCCGGUGCUCUGGCCAAGUUCUUGACCACUCUCCGACCCAGCCAGAACCUCACCUUGUUCCACUACCGUAACUACGGUGGCGACGUUGGAAAGGUGCUUGCUGGCAUUCAGUGCCCAUCAUCUGAGAAGGACCACCUGGAGGCCUUCCUAAGGGAUCUGGGCUAUCCUUUCAGCGAGCAUACCGACUCAUCCACUUACCACACCUUCCUUCGUUCUUGA